GAGCACCAUGAAGGAAUGCAGCGCCUUCAGCAAGACCAUUUGUUCCAUCUGUUUUGAGGAUCUGAAGCCAAUCGAAGAAGAUCUUCAAGCCAUCUCCAUCUGCGGUCAUGUCUUUCACGAGCUCUGUGUUCAACAGUGGUUUGAGUAUUGCUCUAAAGCAAAGAAGAUCACUUGUCCCGUCUGCAAGCAGAGAUGUACACAAGAGAAAGCUUAUCGGCUUUAUUUCCAGUCAAUUGGAGACUCAGUUCCGUCUCAGAAACCAUUUGGAGUUGAAGUGGAAGAUGAUCCUAAGGAGUUGAGUAGGGAAGUGAAGAGGCUGGAGGGAAAGCUUUCUGGAAUUACCUCUUCUUUUGAGCGUCAACAGCAAGAUCUGAAAGAACUUAAUGAAGAGCUUUGCAUUUGCCAGGAAAAGGCCAAGAAAGAGGAAGCUUUAAAGGAUGAAGCUCUGAGACAGAAAGCUUUAAUUCAGCACUUAUUUAAUUCGAAAUCUGAGGAACUUUUGAGAGCAUCUUCUGAGUGCUCUAGGCUGCAGGAAAGAAAUUUGGCCCUAGCUAAAGAGCUUGCUGCACUCAAAUUAGUCUCGGAUUUGAAUUUGGGGGAAGAAGAUGUUGUUAAGCUUGCUUCAUUUGGUCAUGAGGCUAACAGCAAAGAUACAAUAGAUAUUCUCAAAAAGUCACUUGUACUUCGUAACAAGAGUUACAAAGAAUUGUUAGCCCACUGCAACCUUCUUGGAAGAGGAGAAUCUCGUCAUCUUAAGAAGCUUGAGAAAUCUGAAGCAAAGAUAAAGAGAUUGAAGUCAAGGGUGCAAGAACUGGAGACAGCUCUUGAACAAAAAGAUAAUGAAGUUUUAAGGUCUUUGAAAGCUUCCAAUAUAACUUCUGGCAAAGGUUUUGAUGUGAGUGAUAGAAAAGGGAAUUGCAGUUCUUCAUUUAGCAGUAAAUUUUCAUCAGAGAUCCAGAUGGACCAGCCUGUUGAACUGGUGGAGAACUCGAAUCGGACUGGAAGCUUGACAAAUGAUCCAUGUCAUUCUCGGAAAACAGUGAACUCUAAAAUCCAAAAGGAUUUGGUUGCAAAUACCUUCAACAAGGAAGCCAAUGCAAUUGAUCUUGAUCAAGGAAGACAUUCUUUCAUUAUUGAGGAGGAUGUUUUGGAACUUAAUACUGCACUGCCUAAAAAACCAUCUCCUGAUUUGAAACCUCAAAUGCCAUCUCGUUUUAGUGGCAGCGCAAAGUCCAGUUUGUCAAGUCCAAGUUCAGCUUGUGACACCAAUAGAGCUUGGGGGCAUGGACAAAGCAGUUGGGUAGGGCUCUCUGCUUCAUGCAAUGACACUAAGAAUGACACUGACAAUGCUUAUGCCAGUGUUAUGAAGGAUGAUGUAGUGUUGCUUUCUGAUGAUAUUAAAGAACUUCCUUUGCUUAACAUAAAAAAAGAGACUCCAUGUUCCGCUUCCAUUUCAAAUCCAGGGGGUCAAUGCUUUGCUGGUGGACUUCUUGGGCCUGAUGGUACAAACAGAUUUCUGGGGAAAUGGUGCAAGCGGGUCCAGAGUAAGGAACCAGCAUCAUCACCGGUUAUGCAAGGAUCAGACAAUAGUGUUGGGAACUUAAUUGCUGUUGGAGCUGAUGGAAGAGGUGGUAGAGUUAAAGUACUAAGAUCUCAAAGGGAGUCAUCCUUGGAUAGCAAAGAAAGUAAAUUAUGGGCAAAGAAGCCAAAAUGUGGAGCUAAGUUAAGUGGUCAGCAGUCUCAAGGGUAUUUGCAGAUAGAGCACUUCUUUGCAAAGUCAGGUCAAUAGUAUAUUGGAUGUAGAUGGGUGAGUAAAUG